AUGGCUCCCGCCUUGAAGAAGUACGACUGGAUCCUAGCCAUCACCACCAUCGCUUUUCUUGCAUCGUCAGCCUCGAACGGUGCUAACGAUGUCGCCAACUCAUAUGCCACGUCCGUGGCUGCGAGAACGCUGAAGAUGUGGCAGGCUGGUAUUCUGGCCUGUUUCACUGAGUUCUUGGGUGCCGUUGCUCUCGGAUCCCGAGUCACUGGAACUAUCAAGAGCGGUAUCUUCGCCCUGGACACCUUCAAGCCUGUGCCUGCUACUCUCAUGCUCGCCAUGGGAUGCGCCGAGGUCGGAUCCGCUGUCUUCCUUACUGUCGCUACCAUUGCUGGUAUGCCUGUUUCGACUACUCAGACCGUUGUUGGAGCACUCGCUGGUGCUGGUAUCGCUGCUCAGUCUCCCCUCAGCUGGGGCUGGAAGAAGGGUUCCAUCUCCCAGAUUGCCGCCUCGUGGGUUAUUGCACCCUUCCUGUCUGCCGCAUUCGCCGCUGUUCUCUUCUUGACUAUUAAGUUUGCUGUCCACAACCGAAAGGACCCCUUUAAGUGGGCUUUGCGCCUGAUUCCAUUCUACCUGGCUUUCACCGCUGGUGUCCUCGCUCUCUUUAUCAUUGACGAGCUGCCAAACGGCGAGUCUCUCGAAGAGAUGGGUGCUGGCAAAGCCUGCGGUAUUAUCCUCGGAGUCUUCUUCGGCAUGCUUGCCAUCUCCUACAUCUUUUUCAUCCCCUACUUCACCCGCCGCCUUGUCAAGGGUGACACCAGACUGAGGGCGUGGCAUAUUCCCCUCGGUCCUCUUCUGUACCGUGAGAAUCCUCCUAUCUAUUUCCCCGGCAAGGGCGACCAGAUUGUCACCGACUACUACGCCAAGUCAGCGCCUGUCGCCACAAGCGAGCAAGAGAACCUCAAGGGCGAGAAACCUAUUGGCCACUCAACCUCCGUCGACAACAAGUCUUCAGGUGACAGCGACAACAUCGAUGUCGAAGGUGGUCGCGGUCUGUCUCGUCCUCUUCCCCGCGAUGGGGCCGUUGCCCACAUCGUCCCAGCUAAGCCCGAGCCCGAGGAGCGCUGGUUGAAGCCAGUCGAGCACCUCCCCGUCUACUCCCCCAAGAAGAUCAUGAACUGGACCAAGUUUAUUCUCCUCCAGGGUGUCUCUCGUGACGUUGUUACACAGAAGGAUCUCGCCGAUGUCCACUCUCGCGCCAUUGUUUACGAUAACCGAGUCGAGCAUCUCUGGACUUACGCUCAAGUUGCCUCCGCUAUGAUGAUGUCUAUUGCCCACGGUUCCAACGAUGUUGCCAACGCUGUCGGACCCUGGGUUGGUUCAUACAACACCUACACCACUGGUGUCGUCACCAAGGAAGCCGACACUCCCAUCUGGAUCCUCGUCGUCGCUGGUCUUCUUCUCGGUCUCGGUUUCUGGUUUUACGGAUACCACAUCGUACGCGCUCUCGGUAACAAGAUCACCCAAGUCUCUCCCACCCGUGGAUUCAGCAUGGAAUUGGGUGCCGCCAUCACUGUCCUCCUCGCCUCGCGUCUCGCUCUCCCUGUCUCCACCACCCAAUGUCUCACUGGUGCCACCAUUGGUGUUGCGCUUUGCAACUUCGAUCUCAAGGCCGUCAACUGGAAGCAAGUCGGCUUCAUCUUCUCCGGGUGGAUCAUCACCUUGCCGGGUGCAGGUCUCAUCUCAGGUCUUCUGAUGGUUAUGGCGCUCAACACGCCCCAUUUCUAG